AUGAGAAAAUUGAGGGAUGCGGUUGAAAAUUUCGAAGCUACUGGGGAAAAGGCUGCUCUAGAUGGAGAAGCACACGCUGAACAGAAAAAGGCUGAAACGCGAAAUAUUCCGUAUGUGAUGCCGGCGACUCAUGGUGAUCUCAAUGCGCCAUAUUACGAAUUACCUGCAGGAAACAUGCUACCGCACAUAAUCCCAGAUUCCUCUGCUGCAAUCCGAACCCAGUCAUUAAAACCUCUUCAAUUUUCCGCUGGCCCCGCUGAUGAGACCCUUAUCAAGGCUGUGAAGUCCCUCCUUGCAGAGGUGGAUAGGAUUUAUGAUACCAAUGAAAACGAGUCUCCGGAACUUACGAUAGUAGAUGUUGAUGAGCUGGGACAAACUACGACACGCAACGAUUUGACGGGAGAAUCACUGGACAGUGGCACAUACUACGGCUGGUCGCGAGAAUUUUGCCAAAACAUGAAGCAACGCAGGAGUGGAAAAGCUCGCAGUAGAAGUCGAAGCGCAAGUCAAAGCAUUAGCUCACGGCGGUCAGCCAGUAAAAGGCGACGGUACAGUGAUAGCAUGAGCGAAGACGGGAGAGGUCGUUCACUCUCCUCGAGUUCAUCCAUAUCUCGUGGGCGUGGACGGCGAGCCUCAGAGUCCCGCUCCCGAUCCCCUCGCCGUCGACCUAGGGCCGGCCGUUCAGCUUCCAGAUCAGCGUCAUAUUCGCCUAAACCGUAUACGCCUCGCGGAGUCUCAUCACCACCUCCUCCACCUCCUUCUUCACAGCCCGCAAAUCAAAACCAAGCAUCUUACGUCAACCCUCAAUUCCCUUUCAUCGGCGCGCAGCAGUUGAGCAUGCUAGCCAUGAACCCUGCGCAGUCAGUAAUGUUUCCUCCUCCAGUUCGACCACCAAACUAUCAUGGGUCGUGGCCACCCCCGCCUCCUCCUCCUCCACCAGGCAUAUCUGCACCGGAAGGGGGUCUGUUCCCCCCAGCCAUGAAUAUAAACAUGGCCAUGAACAUGGGUAUGAAUAUGAACCUGCCAGCCUUUCCGCAGAACUUCCCACCGUCGACCAUGGGUGGGUCUAUGGGCGGACAACAGUUCGUACCUCCACCGCACCAGCCGGGGGCAAACUUCGCUUUCAGUCCACCACAUCCCCACCAUCAACAGCAGGGCCAGCAAGGCGAGCAGAGCCAGCAAAACCAACAGGGUCAGCACGGACAGAUAUACGCAAGAAACCCAAGCUCGGGCCCCAAUGGGAUGGGCAGAUGGAACCAAGGCGGAUGGUCGUGA